AUGGAUAGCGAGAGACGCAUGAAUCCGGCGUUGUACAAGGUGGCGACGCAGGGGAAAGUGUCGAGCCUGAAGCAGCUGGUGGAUCCGGAGGACCCCAGUGUCCUCAGCGCCACGACGCCCCAGCUGAACACGGCGCUCCACCUCGCCGCGUUGCACGGCCACGCCGAGUUCGCCGGCGAGGUCCUGGACAUGAACGAGGAGCUGCUCGUCGCCCGGAACGACGACGGCGACACCCCGCUGCACCUGGCGGCCAAGGCGGGCAAGCUGGAGGUGGCCAGGCUGCUCGUCAACCGCGCCCUGACGUGGCCGCAAGACAAGAAGAGCCCUCUGAUCAUGACCAACAAGGUCGGCGACACCGCGCUGCACGAGGCGGUGCAGCACCGCAGGGGCGCCGUGGCGGUGGCUCUGCUGGACGCCGACCCCAACCGCGGCCACGACCUCAACGAGCGGAUGGAGUCCCCGCUGGACAUGGCCGCCCGCGAGGGCCUCGUCCAAGUCGUCCAGAAGAUCGUCGACUACCCCUGGGUCGGCCAGGAGUUCUUGCCCUCCAUCUCCCUCAGCGGCACGGCUCUGCACCAGGCCGUGCUGGGCACCCAUCACCGGAUCGUGGAGAUCCUGCUGGAGCGGAGGCCUGAUCUGAUCGACCUCACCGACUCCGACGGCAACAACGCCCUGCACUACGCGGCGCAGAAGGACCACCAGAGAGCUGUGGAGAUGCUGCUCAAGAAGCGGACGGAGCUGGCCUACAAGCGCAACCACAUGAGCAUGUCGCCGCUGCACGUCGCCGCGCAGUACGGCUCGACGGAUACCAUCAAGGCGCUGCUCCGGCACUGCCCGGACGUGGCCGAGAUGGCGGACAGCUACGGCCGCAAUGCCUUCCACGCCUCCGUCAUCAGCGGCAAGGCGAACGCGCUCCGGUGCCUGCUCCGCCGCGUCCGUCCCGCGGAGCUGCUCAACCGCGCCGACAACAACGGCGACACGCCUCUGCACCUCGCCGCCAAGAUGAGCCGCGUCCACUCCGCGCUGAUGCUUCUCAACGACAGCCGCGUCGACCCCUGCGUCCGCGACCACGACGGCCAGACCGCGCGCAGCCUCGUCGAGAAGAAGCUGCACACCGGCGAGAUGGACGCCUACGAGAUGUACCUCUGGAAGCAGCUCAGGUACCAGGAGUCCAAGAGGUGCCGCAAGCAGCAGCUGCCGCCGCUCGCCACCUACCCCAGCCGCAGGGGCAAUGACAAGUACUUCGAGCGCAUCGUCGAGACCUACAUCCUCGUCGCCACCCUCAUCGCCACCGUCACCUUCGCCGCCACCUUCACCAUGCCCGGCGGCUAUAACCAGACCACCGGCAUCGCCCUUCAGGGACACCACGUCGCUUUCCAGAUCUUCGUCGUCUCCAACACCAUCGCCAUGUGCAGCUCCAUCGUCGUCGUCUUCUGCUUCAUCUGGGCCUGGCAGGACCCCGUCAGGUUCAAGGUGGACCAGCUCUUGUGGGGUCACAGGCUCACCGUCAUCGCCAGCCUCGGCAUGCUCGUCUCGCUCAUGACCGCCGUCUAUAUCACCGUGGAACCCGUAUCACGGUGGCCGGCCUACGUUGUCAUCGCCAUCGGCACCAGCACUCCGGCUGUCGUCUUCCUCAUGCUGGGCAGGGAAGUGAUCUUCGUGCCGCUGUAA